CAGACGCCGCUCGGUCACCGCCGCGUUCACCUCGCGGAGCGGGGGCUGCCCGUGACACCGGGAACACCGGGACUACCGGGAACAGCGGGAACACCGGGACAUCGGGAUUGCCCGGAGCCGGGAUCGGGGUCCCCGGCCCAGCCUGAGGCGCACCCCGGCACUGGGAGCAGCCAUGAGGGGCGUGCUUGGAGCUGGAUCCCUGCGGAGCCUUGUCCAGCUUGCCUGGAUGUGCCUGUUCUCCUCCGUGCCGCACGGUGGGGCCAAGGUGCUGGAGAAGACCUUCGAGGAGUGGCUGCGGUACCGUGACGAGUGCCUGAGGAGGAUGGCGAGCGAGCCCUACCCAGCAGGGCUGUUCUGUAACAGGACAUUUGACAUGUACGCCUGCUGGCCCGACGGGAGCCCCGGCACCGCCGUCAACGUCUCCUGCCCCUUCUACCUGCCCUGGUUUGAGAAAGUGAAACACGGGCUGGUGAGCCGCAGGUGUGGCACCGACGGCCAGUGGGUGACGGUGAACGGCAGCCAGCCCUGGAGGGACUACUCGCAGUGCGAGGAUGAGCCGGAGGUCACUGCCGAGGAGGAAGGCGCCCGCCGGCUCAUGGUGAGCUUCAAGGUGCUCUACACCGUGGGCUACUCGCUGUCACUGCUCACCCUCAUCUCCGCCCUGCUCAUCCUCACUGUGUGCAGGAACCUGCGCUGCACCAGGAAUUACAUCCACGCCAACCUGUUCGCCUCCUUCGGGCUGCGGGCCACCUCGGUGAUGGUGAAGGACGCGCUGCUGGAGCGGCGCUGGGGCGUGGAGCUGCUGCAGGUGGCUGACUGGGAGGCUCUGCUGAGCCACGAGGCAAGUGCUGGGCUGGUGGCAGCGUGGGGACCCUCGCCCAGGAGGGGCCGUGGGGGGGUCGGUGCCCACGCAGCCCCAGACACUCGCUGGGUGAGUUCUUGGGGGUCGGUGGUGCCCGUGCUCCUGAUGGGUGAGGUCUUGGGGUACCUGUGCACGGUCCUGGGGUGCCCAUCCACACACCCUGGCCACGCUUUUGGGGUGCCUGCUGCCCAGGAACCAGUGGGUGAACCCCUGGGAUACCUGUGCCCCUGCUGGGUGAGCUCAGGGCCUGUGUGGCACCUGAGGGAUGAGCUCUCAGUGCCACCCAUGCCCCUGCUGGGUGAGCUCUGGGGGUGCCUGUGCAGCUUCUGGGGGAGCUCUCAGGGCACCCGUGGCCCCAGGAGGGAGCUCUCAGGGUUCUUGGGGUGCCUGUAUAACACCAUACCCCCGUGGAUGAGCUCCUGCUCCCUGUGGGAGAGCCGUGGGGUGCCCCAUGGGCACAGCCAGCCCCACGGUGGCUCUCCCGUGGCAGGCAGCGCUGGGGUGCCGUGCAGCGCAGGUGCUGAUGCAGUACUGCAUCCUGGCCAACCACUACUGGUUCCUGGUGGAAGCUGUCUACCUCUACAAGCUGCUCAUCGGGGCCGUGUUCUCCGAGAAGAAUUACUACAGGCUCUACCUCUACCUGGGCUGGGGGUUUGCUGUGUGACUUGCAGGGACCCCCGUGGUGUUUGUGGUGCCCUGGAUGGCUGCCAAGUACCUGAAGGAGAACGCGGAGUGCUGGGCGCUGAACGAGAACAUGGCUUACUGGUGGAUCAUCCGCAUCCCAAUCCUGCUCGCCUCCCUGAUCAACCUGCUCAUCUUCAUGCGGAUCCUCAAGGUGAUCCUGGCCAAGCUCCGGGCCAACCAGAAGGGCUACGCCGACUACAAGCUGAGGCUGGCCAAAGCCACCCUGACCCUCAUUCCCCUCUUCGGGAUCCACGAGGUCGUUUUCAUCUUCGCCACCGACGAGCAAACCACGGGCAUCCUGCGCUACGUCAAGGUGUUCUUCACCCUCUUCCUCAACUCCUUCCAGGGCUUCCUGGUGGCUGUGCUGUACUGCUUUGCCAACAAGGAGGUGAAGUCCGAGAUGAAGAAGAAGUGGCAGCUCUGGAAGCUGGACCACCCGGUGCUCUGCUGUGCCCAGUGAGGGGUGACCGGCCGGGGCACAGGGGCUGCUGGCCACAGUGGCCACAGCAGGGCGUGGCUGGAGGGCAGGAGGCUGCAGGAGGCUGUGCUGGGCAGUGCCCACCUGGGAUGGCCAGGCUGGAGCUGCUGGAAGGGACAUCCCUGCUGUGACCCAAGCGAGGUGGCACCCCUGGCUCCUGCCAGGCAUCGCUGUCCCCUCAGCAGGGCCUCACUGGGGCUGUGUGGGCAGCACCUGCUGCCUCCUCCCGCUGCCUGAGCCCCAGCAGGACCCAGCAGCCUCCCCCAGGACACCAGGGACCACCACACCCACCUGGGCACCUGUGGGACCACAGCAGCUGGGGGGAGCCUGAUCCUCAGCAGUGGGAAUGGGAGAUGCUCCCCAGACCCUGGAUCUCACCACGGCCAAGGCUUCCCUGUCUUCCCGUGUCUGAGCCCAGGACCAUCUCACCAACUCCCUGCCAGCCACCCUGCACAGCUCUGGACAGCAAGGGGCUGCUCCUGCACCUCCUCCCCACCCUCAUCACCCAUCCAUCCAUCCAUCCAUCCAUCCAUCCCCUCCUCGCUGCUCUCCAGCUGCACAAACCCCCGCUGCCCCUCGCCACGGGCACAGCCAAGGAUGGAACCUCAAAAUCACUCGGGAGUGAAGGAUUUGAGAGCAGGAGCUCACUGGGGCACAACCUCCCCCAUGGCAGGUUCAGCAUCCAGCCCAGCCUGCUCCUGCUUUGUGGAGGGAAAGCUGGAUUUCCAGUGGGGUGCCACAGCAUCAGCCCCCCUGGCCAAGCAGCCUGUGGCUCCCAGGAGCAAGGGAAGCAGCUGAGGUGGUGUGGUUUGAGCAGAGCUCCUGCGCUCUCAGAGCAGCUGCAGACACCCCCAGCCCCUCGCUCUGACCCACAGGAGCAGCACAGACACACUGCCACAGCUUGUCCCACCACAUUCCUGCCUUUACCAUGCACAAGUCCCCUCCAGGCCAGAGGAAGCAGCUGGGAUGCUCCAGGAGAUGCCCAUGGACACAGGAGGCUCUCCAGGUCCUGCCCCUUCCCUGGUGUGCUGGGGGAGCCUCUCCCAGAGCCUCUUGGGCUGCCUCGAGCACACAAAGCAGAGGCUGCACCAGGCUGGAGUCACACAGGAAUGGGCCUGGAUCGAUGGAAGCCCCACGAGACCAUUUUACACAUUAACUCUCUUUUCAGAUGUAAAUAAAUAUUUAUUUUUCAGCAAGCAGAGCCUGCUGCUUC